UACAUGUGCAGGAUGUGCAGGUUUGUUACAUAGGUAAACAUGUGCCAUGGUAGUUUGCUGCACCUAUCAACCCAUCACCUAGGUAUUAAGCCUAGCAUGCAUUAGCUAUUUUUCCUAAUCCUCUCUCUCCUUCCACUCCACCCACUGACAGGCCCAGUGUGUGUUUUUCCCCUCCCUGUGUCCAGAUGUUCUCAUUAUUCAGCUCCCACUUAUAAGUGAGAACAUGUAGUGUUUGGUUUUAUGUUCCUGCGUGAGUUUGCUGAGGAUAACGGCUUUCAGCUCCAUCCACGUCCUUGGAAAGGACACGAUCUUGUUCCUUUUUAUGGCUGCAUAGUAUUUCGUGUUGUGUAUGUACCACAUUUUCUUUAUCCAGUCUAUUACUGAUGGGCAUUUGAGUUGAAUCCAUAUCUUUGCUAUAGCAAAUAGUGCUGCAAUGAACAUACGCAUACAAACAUUAUGCAUGCCAUCUUUGUAAAAUAACGAUUGAUAUUCCUUUGCAUAUAUACCUAGUAAUGGGAUUGCUAGGUCAAAUGGUACUUCUGCUUGUAGGUCUUUGAGGAAUCACCACACCAUCUUCCACAAUGAUUUAACUAGUUUACAUUAUGGAACUGAAAUAAUAAGCCAUUUUAUCAGAAAGGUUAACAUCUGUUAAGGCCUUAUAUUUUUUUACGUAGCUUAAAAUCUGUUGAAGGCUUACUAUAUGUCAGGCACUGCAAAACGCAUUUUAUAAGCUUUAUUUUAUUUAGCCUAACAAUAACUGUAGGGGAUGCAGACAUGCAUUAGGUAUCUAUCCUUACUGAUUUUCUUAUCAGAAGCAACCCAAAUCUCACCUUCCUGGCAGGUAGAUCAUUAUAGGCUCUUAGCUACUAUUAAUAAUUAAAUUAUUUUCCUAUGCAGUAGCUGAAUGAAUAGCAGAGACAACUGUAGUUUACAAUCAAGGUUUUUGUCUAAACUUUUAAGAGAAAGUCCAGUUUUAUUAUUUAAAACAUUUUGAAAAAAAUAUAUAACAUUUAUAUAUCAUCUUUCCCUCGAUGCAUAACACUUUUUACAAAGUUUAGUGGUAGAUAAGUGAGGGGUAACUCAAAUCAGAGAAACAGGGGUGCAGACGUUUGAUUAACUUGUCUCAUAUCAUAACUUUUCAAGAUUUCAUUAUCAUUCCACAACACUGCCCUCAAAAAAGUUUUCUAAUUACCAUUGAGUGACAAAAUACCAAAUAGUGACAGAGGUGUAUAGACGAACUCAAAAGUUAUUGUAGGAGGAUACUGAUAAAAUAUUGGGGAAAACCACAAAAGACACAAGAAGAUAAUUUAGAGCUCUAUGCCCAAAUCACAUGACUCCAGUCUCUGGCUCUGUUAGCCAGAACAGCGAAUCUUUUACAAUUUACCUAUUGCUGCCAAUAAUUUUCUAUUAUCUUCAAAUAAUAAUAGGCUGGAGUAUGAACCUAGUUUAUCAAUACUUUUUUAAAAAACCGACAUUCCUCUCUCAAGGAGUCCAUCCAUUCACCCCAUUUUUAAAAAAAUUGUUCCAUGAAGAGGAAUUAAGUUUAUUCCUUUGAAUUCUAGUCUGCAUCCCAGCUUUUAGAACAGGGGAUGCAGAACCAGUUGGUUUGCCACAGGCCAAGUCCUGAGUCUCCAGCGAAUCAAGCAAUUAACCAGUCACUUGGCCUUUUUGCAGAAAUACACAAAACGUGUAGACUCGCUUAAUUCCAUCUCCUCCUGGCCUCUUCACACGGAAAUUGGCUGCUCGGGCGAAUGUUGUUUUUCACCGCAGCCAUGUGUCGAAGGGCGAUUAACAUUCGCUCGACAAAACCCUGUCCCGGGCCAUUUGGGAGUUGCACGCGUUCACACCCGGGGCUCAGCCCGGUGCGCCUUCACGCGCAGCCUUUUUGUUUAUGCGGCUAGCAGGGGAGAGGGGCGGAGAGGCAGCGAACCUCUCAAUGUGCAGCAGGCCGCGAGGGCUAUAUAAAGCUCGGGUCUCGGACCUACUGGAACUGGCCAAGAUUGCCCGCGAGCUAGCAGCGGCCUUCCGCCCAGCUCUGCGGCGUCAUGGAGACCGCAGGAGGCGCAGAGGGCACAGAGAGUGGAGCUGCGGCGUGCACGGCCACCGACGGCCCUACGCGGCGCGCGGGCGCGGACUCCGGAUACGAAAGCUUCUGGAGACCCUGGGUGGACGCCGGAGGCAAGAAAGAAGCGGAGACGCCGAACCACGCUGCGGAGGCGAUGCCCGAUGGCCCUGGAAUGACCGCAGCCUCAGGAAAGCUUUACCAAUUCAGGCACCCAGUCAGACUAUUUUGGCCAAAAUCAAAAUGUUAUGAUUACUUAUAUCAAGAAGCAGAAGCUCUUCUGAAAAAUUUUCCAAUUCAAGCCACAAUUUCAUUUUAUGAAGAUUCUGAUAGCGAAGAUGAAAUUGAGGAGCUGACCUGUGAAAAUUAAUCUGAUUAGUACUUUUGAUUAUAUCCAAAGCUUGUAGGGUUUAAAUUUAGUGUACAAAUGUAUCAUAAUUAUUUUAAACUAAUUUAUUUGUAUAUAAAUUAUUAAUAAAAUGAAAUAUUUUGUAAUUA